AUGGAGAACGAGAAGGGAGAAAUCGUCGAUCUCUACGUCCCCCGCAAGUGCAGCGCCACCAACCGCAUCAUCAAGGCCAACGACCACGCCUCCGUCCAGAUCUCCAUCGGCAAGGUUGACGAGAACGGCCGCUACACCGGCGAGAACCAGAGCUAUGCUCUGUGCGGCUUCAUCCGUGCCCGCGGCGAGAGCGACGACUCUCUGAACCGUCUCGCCCAGCGCGACGGCUACGUCCGCAACGUCUGGGCCGCCAACAGCCAGCGGUAA